UAGUUUCCACUUUUAAUUGUUUUCCUGCCCGUUGCAUUAUAACCGCAUGUACCUGAUGUACACGAAUCAAUUGAGCGCACACAUAGCCGUAAGUUUACCCGGAAAACCUACACCCCAUGUAUUGAUGUUAGCCAGGUUCACAUUAUGCAACAGUCAAAGAGUCAUUUUACGUCGAGCUGACAACAUUCUCAUUAUUUCUCCUUCAGGUUAUUUAUACCUAUAGAAAAGUAUUAGAAACUCUGUUUUAUAAGAAAUUAAGGCGAUGGCUUCGGCUACAGCAAACAUAAGAGACACCAUGCGAUUUAAAGAAAGAGGGAAAUGCCAGCAGAAUUUUAACCGUAUGGGUAUUGUCGAUCUCAGUGUCGGAAAAUACGGUUUAAAAAUUGCGAACCAAAGUCCAGAAUUAAACGGGAAAGUCUUCACUGAUCAGGUUCCAAAUUGUGAGGAACGACAAUCAAGUGGUCGAAAAAACAGCCUCAAAUUCGGCAUCGAUGCGAUUUUAGGUUCCAAAGAGGAAUCUGAGAAAAAAAUAGAAAGGAAUCCUCGUCAGCAAAAAUCGCCGCCAACUCUUGCCGAUGUUGCGCGUAUUUCUGGAACACCCUCUGACAUUGAAAACAGGGAAGGAAGAGCCUUCAACCUUGUUAACUUAUUCGCCCAGCAAUGCCAUCAGAAUCUAAACAGACUUAACAAACGCAAUGAAGUUUUAAAAAGGCCACAGUUUCAUCCAUAUGCCGAAGGUCUUCAGGAUAUAAACUUAGCCAGACACGCCCUGGAUUCUUUAAGCAACGGGAAGCCAGCCAUGCCGUUUGAAACUAACCCUGUUGUCGAAACAAAGCGCAGUUUAGAUUCAUUACGGGUUCAGUCCAACCUAUGCACCAGCGGCGCCGAUAGGACCCGGCCAUAUUGCAUUUCGCAGGCGAAGCACGCCGCCGCCGAACACCGGGCGUCACAGAAUCCUCGGCAGGGAAACGCGAAUCGAAAUCCGGCAGAAGCCGUCGGAUCGCUUCGAAGUGACGGUGACGUUUCGAACCGCGCACAGAAGUUCUUACCAAUCACAAACAAACAUGACAGCAAUUAUAAACACUCUGACAAUCCUCGUGAGUUUCUACCCCCAGCAUAUGCGAUAUAUGAACAAGGGUUGAAAGAAAGAUCAUCCCCAGAUUCUGAUGACGUUUUUCAUGAAGAACCGUCACACCCAUCUUACCCUUCCUCGUCCACAAAACCUUACUUUCCACGUCAUUAUUCCCUGCAUUCCGAACCAAUGACGUCACCAGAGCGUAUUUCGCCACCACAACAAACCGAAGGUCGCACCACACAUCAGCUUUCUCAUUUUGCGCAGGCAUCAGUCGGAAACCCGCAAAACGAAACGCAGAAAAUGAAUUUCCAGCAUGGCCUACCUCUCGCCACUUUUCAAGCAUGGCAAGCACUCGCGUACCACCCGGCGCUGAGGAACAUUUUACCGACGGCGUAUCCUUACGACAGUCGAAGUGCUGCAGCAAUGGCGCUGGCGCUUCGACCAAGCCUGAAAAGUGCCAGCUCUCUUGGUCCGUUCCGGGAGAACAGCGCCACUUUCCACCACCAACGAGGAAGGGCGUUUUCUUCCAACGCUGCAAUGCCACCACAGCUCUAUAACGAUAGCCGUGGAGCGCCAAAGAAAAGGCGGAAGUGGAGCCGCGCUGUUUUCAGUCUGAUGCAGAGGCGUGGGCUAGAAAAGAGCUUCCAGGUUCAGAAAUACGUUGCGAAACCUGAACGCAGAGGACUGGCUGAAGCUCUUGGUCUCACCGAUGCGCAGCAAGGGACUUUCGGGAUGACUUCCGUUAACCAAAACAAAAAUGGGAAAUUUUAUGGCUGACGAUGCCUCAUUGUAUGCUCCGUGUGUAUCUUAAGGGCGAUUGGAGAUUAACAGUGGCUAGCUGUAGCCGCCAUCUUAUAGGCUACAUCGGGACAUCAGCAUUGUGCAGACGCGUCAUUGUUUUCUAAUCGUUUCCUAAAUUUGUGCCUAAACUUUAUUGGAGUCAAAUUAUGUCUUGGCAGUCUCAUUAACACGGAUUAAUCUCUCAGAACACGAUUCGCCGAGAACGGUGGACGGUAAAUAAAAGAUCACAACACGUUUCUUAGAAAAUAUAAUGCAGCCUGUUGUCAGCAACGUUACUUGAACCCGUGACCGUUGCUGCUUUUAUCGAAGCUUCCGCUUUUAAAGUGACCACUAUAACGUUAUAAUAUUGCGACGACCGAACAAGCAAUUAGAAAAAGCUAGGAAAGACAUGACACGUUUGCUCCGUUGCCAGUUUCGGUAAAACAGCAAUUACACGAGUUAUUACUUAUACAUUAACGCAGUAUAAAGCAAUAUCAUAUUGCACAUACUCGGGCUGACGUAUAUAUAGUAUAGAGUGGGGGAAGACAGGACACCUUUAGCACA